CUGGCCCUGGGGCAGCAGGCGAUGGCGGCGCCGGGCUGGGAGCGGGCGCUGCGGCUCGUGCUGUGCGCGCUGGGGCUGGCGCUCUCCGUGUACGCGCUGCACGUGGAGAGCUCGCGGGAGCGGGACCCCGGGUACCGGGCCAUGUGCGACCUGAGCCCCUCCGUCAGCUGCUCCAAGGUCUUCACCUCCAGGUGGGGCCGUGGCUUUGGCUUGGUGGAAGAUCUCUUGGGGAAACACAGUGUCUUCAAUCAGCCCAACAGCUUAUUUGGCAUCGUCUUCUACAUCCUACAGACACUGCUGGGCUUCUCUCCCAGCACCCUGGCGGCCGUCACCCUGGUGGGCACCUCCGUGGUCUCCAUCGCCGGCUCGCUCUACCUGGCCUACAUCCUCUUCUUCGUGCUCCACGACUUCUGCCUGGUGUGCGUCACCACCUACCUGCUCAACGGCGCUCUCCUCCUCCUCAACUACAAGCGUCUGGUCUGCCUGAGCGGGAGUGGGCAGCGCUGCGCCAAGCCCAAGGGGCAGUGAGCGUGGCUGGGGGAGCCCCGGCCCAGCCCCCUCCUGGAACGUCAGUUGCGAUAAUAAACCCUGUUUGUAUAGCAGCCGGGGCCCAUCUAGCCCGGUACCCUGCCCCCUCCCUGCCAAACCAGAUCAGACCCUGGGUCCAUCACCCUUUAAACACAAACUGAGGUCAUUUCUGGCUUAACCAAAAUGCUGGUGUAAGGUGGGUUACAAUGGUUACGUGGCACACAGCAAGGGACUGUAUGAGACACACACGGGAGAUCAGGUUUCAUCACCAGCAGGAGGGGGCAGAGCUGCUCUCACCCUACCUCGAUUCUUUCCAGCAGGGACCAGUUGUGUGUGUGCGAGUGUGAGGGAGAGUGAGAGACGUAUGACCCUACUGCCAUCAAUGGAGGCAGGGCUGGAUUGUGAUCUUGAUAAACUCAGUGUGAAUGGAGUCAACCAGAACACAGUCUAGCCCUACAUAUCCCUGGCUUGUACAUCCCCUGCUGCAAUGACAGCGGUACUUUCGUUAACUGACCAGCAGGGGGCACUGUGGACCAAAUCAAUAUGCCAAUGAAGAGACCAGCUGGAGUUGUCCGUUGGCAGCUGAUUGUGGACAAAAGCACAUUUUUGUAGCUGAAAUAAAGUUGCCCUCAGCAACAGGCA